AGUUGGUUUGAAGCCAAGUUUGGAUUAGAAGAGGAGGCAGGGAGGGGCAAUUCAAAGAGAAGAGGAGAAGAAAAAUAUUUCUACCUAGCGAGGAACCUGCGAUAUAAACGGAGUUCAGACAGACAUCCACUCUGGGCUCUCUUUCUCUCUCUGCUUUCCUAAUCUAUUCUGGGUUUUUUUCUCUUUAAUCCGAUUUUUUUUUUAAUCUUUGACCCCGCUGUUUUAGGUUUUGUUCCGAAUUUAAAGAGUUUUUGCCAUUCCAAGAUGAUGUUGUCGAAAAUUGAAGGCGGGAAAAAGACCAGAGAGGAUUCAGGUAAUGGCAAGUUGUUGAGUGAAAUUGAAACUAUAAGCAAAGCCCUUUAUCUUGACAAAAACCUUUCAAGAACGGCCUCCGUUUCUACAUCUAGUAAUCGACCCAGAUCAACUGGAAAAACCCAGUUGGUAGAUCCUAAAUCGAAGCUUGAUAAUAAACAUGGUAGUGAAGACCCGUCUCGCAAGGACAAGAAGUCAAUUUGGAAUUGGAAGCCUUUAAAAGCCUUUUCAAAUGCAAGGAACCGUGAGUUCAAUUGUUGUUUCUCUCUUCAAGUCCAUUCCAUCGAAGGGUUUCCCUCUACUUUGGACAAUUUAAGUGUUUGUGUUCACUGGAAGAGACGGGAUGGCGAGUUGGUGACGAGCCCUGUCAAGGUUUUUGAAGGGAUUGCAGAGUUUGAGGAGAAGCUUACGCAUACGUGCGUUGUGUAUGGGAGUAGGAGCGGACCCCACCACUCAGCUAAGUACGAGGCUAAACAUUUUUUGCUCUAUGCAGCUCUAUUUGGGGCAAUGGACCUGGAUUUGGGGAAGCAUAGGGUUGACCUCACGAGGCUGCUUCCUCUCACAUUGGAGGAAUUAGAGGAGGACAAGAGCUCGGGAAAGUGGACUACAAGUUAUAAGUUGUCAGGAGAAGCUAAAGGUGCUAAGAUGAAUGUUAGUUUUGGGUACACAGUGGUUAGUAAUACUCCCAUCUUCCCCAGAAAUAAUCAGAAUGUUAAUGAGCUGUUGAGGGUGAAGCUGAAUAAUGCAAGAACAGUGAAACCAGCACCUAAACUUUGUCAAGGUGAUGCCAAAAGCAUGGUAUAUCGUACUGGAAGUCUUCCUGGUAAUUUUAACCAGCAGCGCCGCGCUGCAUCUCGUUCUGUAGAAGAUGUAAAAGAUCUACAUGAGGUGUUGCCGGUAUCAAGUUCAGAACUUGAUAUUCCUGUAAAUAUCCUGCAUCAGAAAUUAGAAGACAAGUUGGAUGCUUCAGGUUAUAACCCUGAAUUUGACGUGUUCACUGAAAAUCUUGAGCCAAUUAAACAACCCUCCAUCUGUGAUUCAGAUUUGAUAAAAAAAGGAACAGAAAAUGAGAGUGAAAAUAGUGAAUUUGCUGUGAUUGAUCAGGGGAUAGAAGUGUCGUCAGAGGAAGUUAACAUAAUGUCUGCAGAUGUUUCUACUGUAGAUGUUAAAAUGGAUACUGGUUGUCAUGUAGCUUCUGAAGAGGUCACUAAGCUUCAUCUGCAUGAUGUGGAAAACAGCAAUCAUGAAGACGAGCUUGGGUCACAUGAUUGCAAUUUCCAGGAUGAAAUAUGCUCAAAAGAGUCUGUGAUGGAAGAAUUGGAAUCUGCACUAAAAAGCAUUUCCAUUUUGGAAAGUGACGCGCUUGAUUCCCCUGAAGAAAAGGAGGAUUACACGGAAGUAAAAACUGAUUAUGAAACUAUUAGUAGGGGGAGGUCGCUUAGCUUGGAUGAUCUUACUGAAUCUGUGGCAAAUGAAUUCCUGGACAUGCUGGGGAUGGAGCAAAGUCCAUUUGGCUCGAGUUCAGAGAGUGAACCUGAGUCUCCUAGGGAACGCUUGUUAAGACAAUUUGAGAAGGAUGCCUUAGCUGGCGGUGGUUCUCUGUUUGACUUUGAUGUGGACUAUGGUGACCAAAGAGAAUGUGACUAUGAUGCCUCAACUGCAUCUGGGUUGGGAAACUUCUCUGAGGAUUUUGAACUGUUAUCAGUUAUCCAAGCUGCUGAGGAGGAGCUGAUGGGAACUCAGUCUGUCAGUGGAAAAGCAAGGGUCAGAAUGUUGGAAGACUUGGAGACUGAGUCUUUAAUGCGUGAAUGGGGCUUGAAUGAUAAGGCUUUUGAUUGUUCUCCACCUAAGAGCUCUGAUGGCUUUGGGAGUCCUAUCGAUUUGCCUCCUGAAGAGCCGUUUGAAUUACCUGCUCUUGGAGAAGGAUUGGGUUCAUUUCUGCAGACAAAGAACGGUGGAUUCUUGAGGUCCAUGAAUCCUUCAAUUUUCCAGAAAGCGAAAAACAGUGGGCACUUGAUCAUGCAAGUUUCUAGUCCUGUUGUGGUACCAGCAGAAAUGGGUUCUGGUAUAGUGGAUAUACAGCAGCGAUUGGCUUCAAUUGGAAUUGAAAAGCUUUCUAUGCAAGCAAAUAAGCUGAUGCCUUUGGAAGAUAUCACUGGGAAAACAAUGCAACAAGUAGCAUGGGAAGCUGGUGCCACUCUGGAAGGACCUGAGAGGCAAAGUUUGUUACAGCAAGAAUACACUAUGGAUGAUGCAUCUCUUGGGCAAAUAAGUGUGAAUGACAGAUCUUCUGCACCCAGAUCUAAUAAGCUCAGUUCAGGCUCAUUGGGUAGUGAGACAGGCUCAGAAUACGUAUCUCUUGAGGAUCUUGCACCUUUGGCUAUGGAUAAGAUAGAAGCACUCUCAAUUGAGGGAUUGAGAAUACAAUCUGGUAUGUCAGAUGAGGAAGCACCCUCGAACAUCAGAGCACAAUCUAUUGGAGAAAUUUCCUCCCUCCAGGGAAAGGGAGUUGACAUCAGUGGCUCACUCGGUUUGGAAGGAACCGCUGGAUUGCAACUGUUGGACAUAAAAGAUAGUGCAGAUGACAUCGAUGGAUUAAUGGGUCUGUCACUGACUCUUGAUGAAUGGAUGCGUCUAGAUUCCGGCGAUAUUGGCGAUGAAGAUGAAAUUAGUGAGCGAACUUCUAAGAUACUUGCAGCCCAUCAUGCUAGCUCCUUGGACUUGAUUCGAGGAGGGUCAAAAGGGGGGAGAGGACGUGGAAAGGGAUCUGGUAGAAAGUGUGGUUUGCUGGGGAAUAACUUUACUGUAGCACUGAUGGUGCAACUUCGCGAUCCUCUUAGAAAUUAUGAACCUGUAGGUACACCAAUGCUUGCUCUGAUUCAAGUGGAGAGAGUGUUUGUCCCACCAAAGCCAAAAAUAUACUGCAAGGUCUCAGAGUUAAGAAACAACGAUGAAGAAGAUGAUGAGUCCGAGUCAGUGGUGAAGCAGGAGGUUGAGAAGCAGACCAGCGAAAAGGCUCUGGAGGAAGAAGGAAUUCCUCGGUACCAAAUCACAGAAGUGCAUGUUGCUGGUAUGAAGUCUGAGCCUGGCAAGAAGAAAUUAUGGGGUACCACAUCUCAGCAACAAUCUGGUUCUCGUUGGCUGCUUGCUAAUGGAAUGGGGAAGGGUAAUAAGCAUUCGACUAUAAAAUCCAAGGGUGUUUCUACAAAAUCAGCACCCCCACUGACAACAAAGGUGCAGCGUGGUGACAGUUUAUGGAGCGUCUCAUCUCGUUUUCAUGGUACUAGUGCAAAAUGGAAGGAACCCCAUAAAAGGAAUCCGAAUGUGAUUUUUCCAAAUUAAACUAUCAGGUUGCUAUCAGUUGAGCAUGUAUUGAAGUCUGUUCAAAGGGGUUCACCUCACCAUUUGCGUUGGAAAUUGUGGAAAUCUCAUCCUGAUUUGUUACCAUACCCAGGGGAUUCAUGUUGAACCAUAUGAUAUAUGAAUCCUUGGAAUUGAGUUGUUUUCCUUAGUGCACACAGUUUACUGGAUGGCCCUUGAAUCUAUAUGAAAUCCAUGUAUUCUGCUUGAGUACUUGUAUUUACUUUAGGUGUGGUCAACCAGCGUUAAUCAUGCAAUGCAAGAUAAACUUCACGGAUUGUUUUGCUGUAUCUGUAUUCCUCAUUUAUAAAUUUGUAGGGUCAUUAAUCA